UAAUCGUUGAAGAUGAAAGGGAUUACUUGAUGUUUGAAAUUGUCAAAUGGAUUGAAAGGAAGGUGUUAGGGUUACGGCAGGAUUGGAUUAUACGGAAUGUGAAUGAAGUGGGAGUUUUCAUUCCCGUUCAAUUGGGACAUUUGGCCAUCCAAUGGCGUGGUCAGUUUGUUUGCACCGAUGUUCCUUCUUAUUAAAUGUGGUUUUGACCUUAUGAACUCUAAGACAUACUCUACUUCACUUCCUUAUGCUUUGGCUUAAACGCAGAUGGAUUUCUUAUCUUCUAAGAACGCAUUUUAUUGUUUUUCUUUUUUAUUCAACCACCUCCAGGUGGGGGAUUGAACCUUCGACCUUUUUGGUGAAGGUUCAUGUGCCUUACUUUGUUGACUUAUGCUUAGUUGGCCUUGAGCGUGAGCCUUCUUUUUGCUGCUUUUGAUGGGUGCUCCGAAGCAGAAAUGGACUAGUGAAGAAGAAGCAGCUCUGAAGGCUGGAGUUGUUAAGCAUGGAGCAGGAAAGUGGCGGACGAUACUUAAGGAUCCUGAAUUCAGCAGUGUACUCUAUCUUCGUUCAAAUGUUGAUCUCAAGGACAAGUGGAGAAAUAUGAGUGUCAUGGCUAAUGGCUGGGGAUCUCGAGAGAAGGCCAGGUUGGCACUUAAGAGAUUACAUGCUCCUAGAAAAGACGAGAAUGCUGUGGCUCCAAGUGUUGCUGCCCAAAGUGAAGACGAAUUGGCAGAAGCCAAGUCUGUUUCCCUUUCCUUGGAUAUCAAGCAGAUAACCGGUCCAAAGCGAUCUAAUGUAAGAAAGGAAGAGGAGGAGGAGGAAGAAGAAGAAGAAGAAAAAGAAGCAGAAAGAAUAGAAAGGGAUGCAAGAUAUGAUUGCCAUAGGUGGGAAAAAAGGCUGGACAAUCUUAUAAUUGAGGCCAUUACUACGCUGAGGGAACCCGGUGGCUCUAAUAAGACAAAGAUUACCUCGUAUAUAGAGGAUCAAUACUGGGCACCUCCAGACUUCAAGAGGCUGUUAUCAUCAAAAUUGAAGUUCUUAACGGCUAGUCGUAAACUGGUCAAGGUUAAACGAAAAUAUAGGCUUCCUUCUGUGGCGCCUUCAGAGAGAAGGAGCUCUAUGUUAUUGUUGGAAGACCAGCAAAGAGCUACUGUAAGAGCUGACAAGGAUGAAAUGUGUAUUCUUGCGAAAGCUCAAAUCGACCUCGAAUUAGCAAAGAUGAGAACCAUGACUUCCCAAGAGGCAGCGGCAGCUGCUGCCCGAGCAGUUGCUGAAGCAGAAGCAGCAAUUGCAGAAGCUGAAGAGGCAGCUAGGGAAGCCGAGGCAGCUGAGGCUGAUGCAGAAGCUGCCCAAUCAUUUGCAGAAGCUGCAAUGAAGACACUGAAAGGAAGAAAUCUCCCGAAGAUGUCUUUUUCCCUUGUCAGCAGAUGAUCCGGGUUUGAUGGAAAGCCAAAACUGAUUAGAAGAGUUAUGGAGCUGUUGAGUAAAUGGAUGGACAUGUUUUGGGCUUGCUAUCGAUGAUUAGCAUUAUAACCAAACUCUCUCCCACCGUUUUUUGGGCAAGUCGAGGAACAGGGUCAUAUCAUAUCUAAGCAGAAGAGCUAGGAAAAUUCUGUGGGUUUGGUUAAUUAGUUAGUUGUAGUUGAAUGUAAAAAAUGUUAAUUGUUUGUAGUGCAGGUAAAUCUGUGGGCUUUUUAUAUAUGCUCUCUCUGAUGUUAGUGAAUUAUUGCCAUUGUUUA